UCUCUGAAAAGGGCUGUAGCAGAAUACUUAUCUCAAGAUCUUCCAAACAAGCUGUCCCCUGAUGAUGUUUACCUGACAAUUGGAUGUACUCAAGCAAUUGAAGUAAUUUUGAAUGUUCUUGCACGCCCAAAUGCAAAUAUUCUACUUCCGAGGCCUGGUUUCCCUUAUUAUGAAGCACGGGCUGUUUUUUGCAAUCUUGAAAUGCGUCACUUUGAUCUUCUCCCAGAAAGUGAGUGGGAGGUGGACCUUAAUGCAGUUGAGUCUUUGGCAGAUGAAAAUACUGUGGCUAUUGUCAUUAUUAAUCCUGGGAAUCCGUGCGGCAAUGUCUACACAUACCACCACUUGAAGGGGGUGGCAGAGAUGGCAAGGAAGCUUGGAAUUUUAGUUAUUGCUGAUGAAGUUUAUGAUCAUCUCACUUUUGGAAGCAAACCAUUUGUGCCUAUGGGAAUCUUUGGAUCGAUUGCGCCUGUAGUUACACUUGGAUCCAUAUCAAAGAGGUGGAUUGUCCCUGGUUGGCGACUUGGUUGGCUUGUUACAAAUGAUCCAAAUGGCAUACUAAAAAAACAUGGGGUCAUAGAUUCCAUCACGGGGUUUCUCAAUAUAUCUUCUGACCCCGCAACCUUUAUUCAGGGAGCAAUUCCUCAGAUCAUUCAGAAUACAAAAGAUGAUUUCUUCUCUAAAAUAGCAAAUAUGCUAAGAGAAACUGCAGACAUCUGUUACGACAGAAUCAAGGAUAUACCUUGCAUCACUUGCCCAAGUAAACCUCAAGGAUCUAUGUUUGUGAUGGUCAAACUUCAUUUGAACCUUCUAGCAGACAUUGAAGAUGAUUUGGACUUCUGUCUCAAGCUAGCUAAGGAGGAGUCUUUGAUAAUUCUACCAGGUAUUGCUGUGGGACUCAAGAAUUGGCUCAGGAUAACCUUUGCAUGUGAGCCAUCAUCUCUGGAAGAUGGCCUGAAGAGACUAAAUGCUUUCUAUCAAAGGCAUGCCAAAAAACAAUAAGCUACUCUUAGAGGGAAUCUUGAUAUCUCUGUAUUAAGGGUUCAGUCCAAGAAUCGGUAAUGUGAUCUUCAACUACUUGAGUUGGAUCUUGUAUGGUGUAAGAUAGCUCAUAAAUAAGUUUAGAUUUUCAACAAUUUCCUUGAAUCAUCAGAGGAAUGUAAUAUGCUAUUCGGAAUGGUAUCUGAUAGUAAGUACUAUAGACAAUAUCAUUAUGAGGAGGAUCUCCAAACUCCAGCUUCAGAAUA